UUUUUACAUUCACAAAAGGGAUGCGUUUCCUCCAACACAUUCUGAGGUCCUUACAAAUGUCACAGUCUUCAAAGAGGCAGUUUUCAUGAGAAUGUCCAUCUGGACAAAUUGAGAGUGACCCGGAGACUUUCAGAUUGGUACUCCCAGGAAGUGAAUAAUAUCAUACCAUAUUUGGAGAGAAGUAUCAGUGCCACCUCCUUCUCCUGCUAUAUAGUUGUUGAGUACAACUGAUAAAGAACCAGUUCUGUGGGGAGAAUUUAACUUCUUCUGGCUUCCAAAGCAACCUUUUCCAACAACGAAUAAAAGGCUUUUAAUACAAUGAGGAGACAUUUGGGAAUUUGUUGGAUAGCCAUCUUCUUUGCCCUGCUGUUUAGUGAUCUCUCCUUGGUCAAGGCCAAAACUACAAGACAGAGAAAUAAGUCAAACAGAAAAGGUUUGCAAACUAAUAGAACCAACCCAACCACAGUGCAGCCCUCAGAGAAACUCCAGGGGACUUUCAUCAGGAAUGGCAGAAAGCUUGUCAUUGACUUUGGGGAGGAGGGCAACAGUUACUAUGCGACCCAUUACAGCCUGUUCCCAGAUGAAAUCCAUUAUGCUGGGUGUGCCGAGUCCAAUGUAACAAAGGAGGUCUUCAUCAGCAACUGUGUGAAUGCUACCCGCGUAAUCAACAAGUUGGAGCCCCUAGAAGAACAAAACAUAAGUGAUAUUUAUUCUAGAAUACUGGAACAAUUAAUAAAGGAAUUAUGUGCCCUUAACUAUUGUGAAUUUAGGACAGGGAAAGGAACUGGCCUUCGGCUCUCUUUAGACCAAUAUGUUAUGGUCUACCUGGUGAUUCUGACUUGCUUGAUAGUGAAAUAAAUAAGCACAGAGCCUGACAAGGAGAGAUGGAUAAGCCAUCCAGCCACAGGCAAAGACCAAAGUUAUCUCAGGCUCCCUUCCUGCUGUAACAAAACCAUUACCCCUUAAAAAAAACCUUCCAAAACUCUCUGACAAAGGUUUAAUUUCCCAAAUAUAUAAGAAACUAAGUCAAAUUUAUAAAAAUUCAAGCCAUUCCCCAAUCAACUAGUGGUCAAGGGAUUUGAAUAGGCAGUUCUCAGAUGAAGAAAUCAAAACUAUCUAUAAUCACAUGAAAAAAUGUUCUAAAUCCCUCCUGAUAAGAGAAAUGCAAGUAAAAACAACUCUGAGGAACCACCUCACACCUAGCAGAUUGACUAAUAUGUGAACAAAAGAAUGUGAUAAAUGUUGGAGGGGAUGUGGAAAAAUUGGGACACUAAUGCAUUGCUGGUGGAGUUGUGAAUUAAUCCAACCAUUCUGAAGGGCAAUUUGGAAUUAUGCCCAAAGGGCUUUAAAAGACUGUCUGCCCUUUGAUCCAAUCAUACCACUUCUGGGUUUGUAUCUAAAAGAGAUAAUAAAGAAAAAGACUUGUACAAAAAUAUUUAUAGCUGCACUCUUUGUGGUAGCAAAAAACUGGAAAAUGAGGGAGUGUCCAUCGAAUGGCUGAACAAAUUGUGGUAUCUGAUGGUGAUGGAAUACUAUUGUGCUGAAAGGAAUGAUGAAUUGGAGGGAUUCCAUGUGAACUGUAAAGACCUCCAGCAAUUGAUGCAGAGUGGAAUGAGCAGAACCAGGAGAACAUUAUACACAGAGACUGAUAUACUGUGGUACAAUUGAAUGUAACAAACUUUUCUACUGGCAGCAAUGCAAUGAUCCAGGACAAUUAUGAGGGACUUAUGGGAAAGAAUGCUAUCCACAUGCAGAGAAAGAACUAUGGGAGUAGAAAUGCAGAAGAAAAACAUAUGAUCGAUCACAUGAUUCAAUGGGGAUAUGAUUAGGGUAUUGGCUUUAAAAAAUCAUUCUACUACAAAUAUGAAUAGCAUGGAAAUAGGCUUUGAAUGAUGAUACAUGUAUAACCCAAUGGAAU